AUGGAGAUACCGGACGAGUCCAUCAUGCCGUUUAACGAGCAGAUCUUGGGAUUCGCAGGAGAACGGGUUGACACAAGGGGGUAUGUGGAUUUAAAGGUGAGCUUGGGGGCAGAUAUGGGGGCGAAAGAGCUAAGAGUGCGUUUCCUCCUGGUAGAGGCGGACACUUCCUACAACGUAUUGUUGGGACGACCAUGUCUCAACGCGUUCGGAGCAAUAGUAUCUACCCCGCACCUAGCAAUGAAGUAUCCGGCAGAUGACGGCACAAUCCGGACGGUCCGAGCCAAUCAGAGGAUAGCUAGGGAGUGUUAUGCAGCGGGGUUAAGAGUGCAACCCCCAAGGCAUAGGGUAUGCGAGACCCGAGCGGUUAUAUCGGCAGCAGAAUUGGACCCAAGGGAAGACACCACCGACCGGGUGGAACCGAUGGGAGAAGUCCAGCCAUGUCUCCUGGAAAAUGAGGACCGGGUGACAAUGGUUGGUAAGGACCUUCAGGAGGACGAGAGGCGAAGGUUGGAGGAGGUGCUGGUAGAGAACAAGGACCUAUUCGCCUGGACUGCGUCAGACAUGCCAGGAAUUCAUCCUGACGUUAUUUCACACAGGUUGUCCGUCUUUCGAGAUGCCCGACCGGUAUCUCAAAAGAAAAGGAGGUUAGGCAUGGAGAAGAGAAGGGCGGUAGGAGAGGAGGUGGGGAAGUUAAUCGAGGCCGGGUUCAUCAGAGAAGUCAAGUAUACUACCUGGUUGGCCAACGUAGUCAUGGUUAAGAAAUCGAGCGGUAAGUGGAGAAUGUGCAUUGACUUUACUGAUCUGAACAAAGCUUGCCCGAAGGAUACAUACCCCCUGCCGAACAUCGACGCGUUAGUGGACGGAGUGUCAGGGUAUGAGGUGAUGAGUUUCCUGGAUGCCUAUUCGGGAUACAAUCAGAUACCUAUGUACCGGCCGGACAGCGACAAAACCGCCUUCAUUACCGAGCAGGGAACCUUCUAUUACGAGGUCAUGCCUUUCGGACUGAAGAACGCGGGGGCUACGUACCAGAGGCUAAUGGACAAGGUCUUCCAAGGGCAAAUAGGCAGGUGCAUGGAAGUGUACGUUGAUGAUAUGGUGGUUAGGAGCCGGUCGGUUGAGGAGCACCUAUCGGAUUUGAAAGAAGUCAUGGGGCAACUUCGAAAGUUUGAUAUGCGUUUAAACCCUGUUAAGUGUACCUUCGGGGAAAGGGCCGGGAAAUUUCUGGGCUACAUGUUGACCGCUCGGGGAAUCGAAGCAAAUCCCGACAAGUGUAAGGCGGUGUUGGAGAUGAGAAGUCCCCGAACGGUGAAAGAAGUACAGAGGUUGGUAGGGCGGUUGACGUCGCUGUCACGAUUCCUCCCUCAUCUGGCUGGUCGGUCAAGGCCGAUCGUUCGGGCUAUGAAGAAGACCGCGCAGGGAUGUUGGGACGAGGAGAGCGAGGAGGCUUUCGGACGUAUGAAAGAAGUUCUUACCCAGCCCCCCGUAAUGGGCCGGCCGGAGCCUGGUCACGAACUGCAAGUAUACUUAGCGGUUUUGGAGGAAGCCAUUAGCGCAGCCUUGAUACAGGAAGUUCCACAAUUCAAACUGGUAUAUUUCGUGAGCAGAAGCUUGAAGGAGGCAGAGCCGAAGGGGAGGAGGAGCGGGGGUGGUUUUAGAAGGACCCAGCGGGAUACUGGUGGAGCAAUCGUUGAUGUUCCAGUUCAAAGUCAGCAACAACCAAGCCGAGUGAAGGAUGACCUCUUGUUGCAGUAUUUUCACAAGGCUAAACAGUUGGCCUCGAACUUCAAGGAGUUCACUUUGCGGCACGUUCCCCGGUCGGAAAACAUCAGAGCAGAUUUACUUUCGAAGCUGGCCGGCGGAGUCACGAAAGGAGGAUUGUCUUCAGUGAUCAAACAGGUAAUAACCAAGCCGACAGUAGAAUGCUGCGUCGUCACUACCGAGCGAGUAGUGAAUACCUGGAAGGACGACAUAGUGCAGCUGAUUCGGAAGCAAGAUAAUGGGGAAACCUUGAAUACCGAGGAAACCAAGAAGAUUGCUCGGUAUUGCCUGAUCGGUGAUGACCUCUACCGAAGGGGUUAUGUUACGCCUCCACUGAAGUGUCUGCUGGAAAGGGAAGCGGAAUAUGUAAUGAAGGAAUUGCACGAGGGGGUAUGCGGGAGACACACGGGUGGACGAAUGUUGCGGGCAAGGGUGUUAAGAGCAGGAUUUUUCUGGCCGUCAUUAGAGAAGGAUUGCAUGGCGUUCGUCAAAAAAUGCGAGGCCUGCCAGAAGCACGGGAACGUUUUCCAUGGGCCAGCGGUGGAGUUGCAAGGUAUCUUGUCCCCCUGGCCGUUCGCCCAGUGGGGAAUGGACAUUGUCGGACCCCUGCCUACCGGGCGGUCACAGAUGAGAUUCUUGCUAGUGGCAGUGGACUACUUCACUAAAUGGGUAGAGGCUGAACCAUUGGCAAANAUUUCUGCCACCCAAGUCCAGAAGUUUGUAUGGAAGAUCAUUUGCCGGUUCGGGCUGCCCAAAACAGUCAUUACGGAUAACGGCCGGCAGUUCAUAGAUAAGAAAUUGAAAGCUUUUUAUCAAGAGUGGGGCAUAGCUCAUGUCACCAGUUCGAUUGAGCACCCCCAGACGAACGGCCAGGCAGAGGCAAUGAAUAAGAUAAUCAUACAAGAGUUGAAGAGAAGGUUAGGCGAGGUAAAAGGUGCUUGGGUUGAUGAGUUACCGUCGGUCCUAUGGGGGUACCAUGUUCCCCCCACGGUGCAACAGGAGAGUCCCCGUUCAACCUGA